AUGGAGGAGGCUCAGGGUGGUCAUAUCGGAAUGGGAGUUGGAAAGGGAAUUGAAAUGGGCAGUGGCUGGGAGGUCCGGUCACCCCCUGCAUGCCUGGCUGAGAUGCUCGGUGAACCAUUCACUAAGUUGAAGUUUGGACUUCCUGAUGUUGCCACCAAUGAACCUGUAAAUGAAGAUGAUGAAAAUGUGGAGAGAGGCAACUGGUCCUCGAAGACUGAUUACUUGCUCUCAGUGAUCGGCUCUGCUGUGGGUCUGGGCAAUGUCUGGAGAUUCCCAUACUUGGCUUACAAAAAUGGAGGAGCUGUAUUCCUUAUUCCCUACACCCUCAUGUUGGCACUCGUUGGGAUGCCACUGUUUUUCUUGGAAACUUCCUUUGGACAGUUUGCCAGCCUCAGUCCUGUGGCAAUCUGGAAAGCUGUGCCCAUGUUACAAGGUUAUGUGGGGCUCACCAUGAUCCUUGUUGUUAUCACUGCCAUCGGUUACGCGACCUGCAUCCUCGCCUACAGUCUGUACUAUCUGUUUGCUUCCUUCCAAUCACCCCUGCCCUGGGCAGACUGCUUCAGUUGGUGGGGAGCAGAUGAAACAUGCAGCAGGACUCCCAAUUCACUCUGCAAUCUCACUCUGGACGAUGGAUAUUUUCAAAUCAUUAAUACAACAUGGCUGCAGGCAAACAAUGAAAGUUGUCCACAUGGAUCAGAAAUCUCCAUUCUUCACCAGGGUCCGAGUGAGCAAUACUGGGAUAAAGUGGUUUUACGCCGUUCCGGUUCAAUGGAUGAGACUGGGGAGAUACUCUGGUAUUUAGCUCUUUGUCUGCUCCUGGUCUGGCUGAUAAUGGGGGCAGCAUUAUCAAAAGGGAUCAAAUCUUCAGGAAAGGUGGUUUACUUCACUGUGACAUUCCCAUACGUGGUUCUGACCAUACUCCUGAUCCAAGGGCUUACCCUGGAGGGAGCCAAUAAAGGAAUUCAAUUCUACAUUGGGAACCAAUCAGACUUCUCCAAACUGGCUGAUGCUGAGGUUUGGAAAGAUGCUGCAACACAAAUUGUAUAUUCCCUUGCAGUCGCAGUGGGAUCUUUAAUAACUCUGUCAUCCUACAACAAAUUCCACAACAACUGUUACAGAGAUACCAUCGUUGUCUGUGUUGUUAAUUGUGCUACGAGUGUGUAUGCUGGAUUUGCCAUCUUCUCAGUCCUUGGACACAUGGCUCAUGUACAAGACAAGCCUAUCGCAGAGGUUGUACAGUCAGGUUUUGGAUUGGUUUUUAUUGCCUAUCCAGAAGCUCUUGUCCAGUUGCCAUGGGCACCUUUAUGGUCCAUUUUAUUUUUCUUCAUGCUGCUCACUCUGGGACUGAACACUCAGUUUGCAGACUUAGAAACAGUUAUAACAGCACUGCUUGACCUGUUCCCCAAGUUUCUUCGAACAAAACGCCUUUAUUUGACAAUUGGUAUUUGUUUGAUAUCUUAUUUCCCUGCCCUUCUUUGUGUGACACAGGCUGGGAUUUACUGGCUAAAUUUGAUGGAUCAUUUCUGUUCAGGAUGGCUUCUCAUUUCAAUAGCUCUGGUAGAACUGAUCAGUCUCAGCUGGAUCUACGGGGCAAACAGAUUCAUCAAGGACAUUGAGAUGAUGAUUGGGCAAAGGACUUGGCUCUUCUGGCUGUGGUGGAGAGUCUGUUGGCUUUUGAUCUCUCCAUGUUUGCUGGCAAUCAUCUUGCUGUGGUCCUUAGUAACAUAUGCUCCCCCAAGAUAUGGACCAGUUGAAUACCCUGUCUGGGCAAUAGCACUGGGCUGGUGUAUGACCACCUUCUGUAUUAUGUGGAUUCCCAUUGUGGCCAUUGUGAGAGUUGUUCAAGCUGAGGGCUCCACCUUAUGGCAGAAACUUUCUGCCGCUUGCACAGCAGCUCCUGAUUGGGGUCCGUUCUUAAAACAACACAAAGGGGAAAGAUACGGAGACAGAGCUGAUUCUGCAGAACUCUCAAACUCUGUGCAACUUCUGGCCACUCCAGAGAUGUGAACAUUUAUGAGAAUGUUUGUUUGAUUUGUAAACAAUGACUCUGGAAAGUCAUUGUUGUGAUGAUGCACACCGUUGUAACCCCAGCAAGGAUUCCUGGGAUGUUCAGAAACUCAGCCAGGUGUAACACCAGCUGGCAUCUUCUCUGUCAACAGCAAAUAUGGGCAUUAAUUUGGAGCAGGGUGGAGUGUGGUAGAAUUACUGAGCAUUAUGUUUCCUGUAUCAUGAGUUCUUUGACAUGAGCUGAGGCUCCUGCCUUAGUCCUCGUGCUAAUAUAUGGGAUUCCAGUGACUGUUCCUCUCUCCCUAAUGUUGCACAAGUUUCUACAUUAAAUAACAAAACCCACCUUAAAAAAAAGUUGUCCAAUCAAAGUCAAUCCAUUUUCAU